AGGAAAUCCUGGUCCUGUUUGCACUUUUAUUCAAGAUUCCAUUUCAUCUUCAUCGCUGUUAAUCCGCCCAAAAUGCUUCCCAUCGCAAAUGAACCGAUACUUAUUGCAGUCGGAGCCUUCUUUCUGGCGGUUUUUAUAAAUAAAAUGUGCAACGUCUACAGGAAACAAAUAUCCUCAAUUCCGGGACCAUGGUACUCCAACUGGACAGAUCUUAUUCUGGAAUAUCACUGGAUCAUCGGAAAUAGACCCAACUAUGUCCACAGUCUACACCAGAAAUAUGCCAAUACUGACAACUCCAUAUGCCCCAUUGUCCGAAUUAGCCCCAACGAAAUUGACAUCUGCGAUGUGAACGCCGUCAGGGACAUGUCAAAGUCCGGCACCAAAUUUCUCAAAUCCGCCUGGUACGAUAAAUUGGCCGUGGGAGGAGCAAAGAAUAUCUUCAGCGUAAGGGAUCCAAAGGCCCACAGUAUCCGGCGGAGAUUGUUAUCGUCUCCCAUGGCGGAUGCCUCAUUGCAAUCGAUGGAGCCGGUGAUUAAGGCCAAGGUGAAGCUUGCAAUUCACCGGAUGCGAACGGAAAUGAAAGAUCGAGGGGCGAUGGAUAUUUUCAAAUGGUGGUAUUUCACAUCGACUGAUGUCAUUGGGGAGUUGACCUUUGGAGAAUCAUUCCAAUUGCUGGAACAGGGUGAGAAAACGCAAUUCGCCAUGGACUUGGAGAGACUCCCCAAGCUGGGAAUGAUCGGGACGGCAUUUCCCAGUCUUCUCCGGCUUGCGCGUCAGCUACCAGUGCCGUAUUUCCAGGAUGCCCUGCAGGCGGGAAAGAGAAUCUCCGAAUACGCAGAGCAGUCCCUCAUGUCGUACAAGGAAUCCAUCACUCAAGAACCAUCGCAUACCAAACCGACUCUUUUCACAAAAUUACUCCAUGCCAGCAACACCACUGACGGCCUGUCUGAUGUCAAUCUCAUCAGUGAAGCACGAGGCUACAUCGUCGGAGGAAGUGACAACACGGCCGUCACUCUGACCUAUCUCGUCUGGGCCGUCUGUCGCAACGAAGAAAUCAAAAAGACUCUCCUGCGUGAACUGGAGACCCUCCCAGAUGAUUUCGGGGAUGAUGAGUUGAAGAAACUCCCGUUCUUGAAUCACGUCGUCAAUGAGACCCUGCGUCUUUAUGCCUCGAACCCGUCCAACCGGCCUCGCAAUGCGCCAUCUCCGGGUGCCAAUCUAUGUGGGUAUUGGGUUCCAAGUGAGGUGACGGUUUCUACGCAGGCGUAUAGUCUGCAUCGCGACUCGAAGAUAUUUUCUCACCCUGAAAGCUUCAAUUCCUUGCGAUGGGCCUCUCCGACAACAGAAAUGAACCGGGCGUUCGUGCCCUUUGGUGGAGGGUCUCGAAUUUGUCUAGGCCUGCAUCUGGCAAUCCGGGAACUUCGCUUGGGCGCUGCACACUUUUUCCGUGCGUUUCCCAGGGCUCGAAUGUCAACUGCGGAGAAGAUGAGCGAUGGGGAUAUGGACCAAGUCUGCUAUUUCAUCAUGUCUCCCAAAGGGAAGCGAUGCUUGAUGGAGUCAAUGUAAUAGUAACGUAGCAAAUAUUACAGUAAUAUCCACUGAUCUACAGUGUUUCUUGUAAUACAUCGAUGCACCCAUCGUUUAUUACACUAAAUACACUAACAAUACAACGCG